AUGUUGAACAAGCUUCCCCUGGAUCGGCCGCUUUUUUCAUAUUCCUCUGGACGAUUCUUGUACAACGAACCAGCCCGUCUUCGAGAACGACAUGUUGAGUUCAAUGCCUCUGCACUCGAGGAGGCUAUUACCAUGCAUGUUGGUCAUGGCAAUGUCAAAAGUCUUGUCAAGAUCAGCGAAGGGGGUUUCAACCGUGUCCUAUUAGCCACCAUGGAAGAUGGUUUCCAGGCUAUAGUGAAGAUCCCAUUCUGGAUAUCCGUGCCGAAUACGUAUGCCACUGCCAGCGAAGUGGCAACUUUAACGUUCCUUCGUGCCAAAGGAAUACCUGUUCCUGAAGUCUACGCCUGGUCCUCUACGACUGAGAACCCUGUGGGGGUCGAGUAUAUCAUCAUGGAAUAUGCGUCGGGAGUCGGCGCCGACACUCGUUGGUUUAAAAAUACGAAGCACCAAAAGCAUGCGUUGGUCACAGGAAUUGUCAACUUUGAGAAAACCCUGUUCGAAAUCCCAUUCGGAGCCGUUGGGAGCCUGUAUUUCAAGAGCGAUCUCCCACCCAAGCUUCAGAGUCCACUAUAUAGGGCGGGCACGCCAGACGAAGCCGGCGAUUCGCAGAUUUACUGCAUUGGGCCCAUCACGGACUACAUGUUUUGGUAUGGGCAGCGAGCCGAGAUGGAGCUAGACCGAGGACCAUGGAAUGAUCCAAAAGACUAUCUUAUCGCAACCGCCGAAAAAGAAAUACAAUGGAUCACCAAAUUUGGCAAGCCCGUCGAGAGUGACUUUCCGCACAACACCGUUUUCCCCGGAAUCAGGUCUCCCCAAGACUAUCUAGUGCUUCUCGAGAAGUACUUGUCCAUCGCGCCGCACCUUCUUCCGCGAACCCAGGAGAGUAGUUUAAGCCGGUUCACCUUACGCCAUCCAGACCUUACACCCAGCAAUGUCUUCAUCUGCCCGGAUACAUUGAACGUCAAAUGUAUUAUUGAUUGGCAACAUACCGUCAUCACUCCAUUACUCCUAGCUUCCGGAUAUCCCAAAAUGUUCGAAAACCCAGACCCAGAGCCCCCAACCGGUUUAGUACCGCCCAAGUACCCACCAGGGUACGACACGAUGAACCCCGAGGAAAAGUCGGAGGUUGAUGAGCUCAUUAGACGCCAAAGCUUCUUCUAUCUUUACCGCGUGUUCAACGGUGGCUUGAACAAAAUACACCUCGAGGCCUUGCGAAACCCUCUUAUUCUACAAAGGCAGCAUGUUGUUGAUCUCGCAGGGCGCCAGUGGUCCGGUAACCUCAUCUCGCUACGUGGGGCGCUCAUGCGUAUUCGUGAUUUCUGGCAACAUCUUCCCGUUGAUGAUAAACCUUCUACCUGCCCAAUCGAAUUCUCAGAACAGGAGUCUGAUGACCAGACGGAAAACGAGCCAAUGUGGUAUAAUCUGAAUGCACUUGUCAGCCAUUGGCGCGAUGAGCUUGGUGGGCUGUCAGAGGAAGGCUGGCUUCCUUCUGACAAGUAUGACUCUGCGGUUAAGAGGAACGAAUCGUUGAAGGCCGAAUUCGCUGAAGGCGGAAGCCCAGAUGAACUGGAGAAGAUUAGACGAGGUUGGCCGUUUCAGGAUCACGAGGAGUUCUUCUGA